UAGUUUCCGGUCAACAACCAAUAAAGGCCAGAGCUGCAACGCUAGCUUGUUGCAUAUGCAGCCAACGUUUCGAGUCAGAAAUAUCCUUACAAAGUUUUUGCAUUUAUAUUUUUCAAGAAUUUAAGCUAACGACAGACUUAAAAAAAACUAAUUAUUUGCACGAUUAAUAUCCGAUAAAGGGGAAUAAACGUCUCUGUUUGACUCUCUUACGACUCAAGGCUAAAAUGAAACACUAAAAAAAACACACACACAUUUUAGAGUUCAGGUAAAAUCUGAACUAAUAUAGUUUUAGUAUUUUUGUAUUAAUUUAAUAAUGGCCACAAGCGUGGUCCGUGGUUUUUACCCCAUGUUCUAUAGCAGCGUGUUUGUUUGUGAGAGGUAAUGGCAGCUGUUAUCACGAGAGGAACUCCAGUCUGGACCAAGCAGAACCAGAACCUCCACAUAUCAAAGAGGAGCUGUGCAGCAAUCAAGAGGGAGAGCAGCUACUCCUGAGCCAGCAGACUGAUGUGAAGGACGAGGUUAGUCUGAAUGUGAAGAAACGCUGAAAGUCUGUGGAAUAAUGUCUGACUUCAAGGAAGAGUUGGAUCAGGACUGCAGUCUGCAGAACACCAUCAGGAUUCCUGGAAUACAGCUACAAAGAGGAGGAGUUCAGAACAAAUGGCAGCUCUGUAACCAGGAGAUGAACUCCAGUCUAGACCAAGCAGAACCAGAACCUCCACAGAUCAAAGAGGAACCAGAAGAAGUGUGCAUCAAUCAAGAGGGAGAGCAGCUGCUCCUGAAUCAAGAGACUGAUGUGAAGAUGGAGUUCAAAUCGGAUCUGCUGGAUCAUCGGCAUCAUCUGGGGAACAUCAUCACUAUUCCUGUAAUAAAUCUGCAGAGAAGAGAGAAUCGCAUUUGUGAAGAGGAGGCUGAAGAUGAGCAGCUUCUUUGGAAACAGGAGAGGAGUUCCAGUCCGGAUGAAGAGGAACCAGAGAUUAAAGAGGAGUGGGAGGAGGUCUGCAUCCGUGAGGAAGAAGAGCAACUUGAACUGAAGGAGGAAACUGAUGAUUUUAUAGUCACUGUGUUUGAUCAGGAAAGCUUAGACUCCCAACCUGUGCCAAGUGAGAGUCCAGUUCUGGAAGCAAACACUCAGAUCAGAAACACUGAUGCUGUGACUGUCCAGCUGGACCCUCCUUCUCAUGAAAGCUCACAUUCCUGUAACACAUGUGGAAAAGUUUACACUCGUCGUAGUAAUUUAAAGACUCACAUGAGAAUACACACCGGUGAAAGGCCCUUUUCUUGUAAAGUAUGUGAAAAACGUUUUGUUCAAAGCACCGCCUUAAAUGUACACAUGAGAACUCACACAGGUGAAAGGCCUUUUAGUUGUAAAGUAUGCGAAAAAAGUUUCAUUACUAGUAGUGACUUAAAAGUCCACACAAGAACGCACACAGGGGAAAGGCCUUUUACUUGUGAAGUAUGUGGCAAAAGUUUCACUCAAAGUAGUGACUUAAAAGUUCACACGAGAACCCACACGGGCGAGAGACCGUUUACUUGUAAAGUCUGUGAAAAAAGCUUCAGUCAAAGUUGUAAAAUAAAAGCCCACAUGAGAACUCACACAGGUGAAAGGCCUUAUUCUUGUGAAGUAUGUGGAAAAGGUUUCCCCUCAAUUAGUGAAUUAAAAAUCCACAUCAGAACUCACACAGGUGAGAAGCCCUUUUCAUGUAAAAUAUGUGAAAAACUUUUCAGUACAAGCAGUGACUUAAAAAUCCACACGAGAACUCACACAGGUGAGAGGCCUUUUUCUUGUGACAUUUGUAAGAAAGCUUUCAUCCAGGCAAGAAGUUUGACCAGUCACAUGAGGACUCACACAGGCGAAAGGCCUUUUAUUUGUAAAAUUUGUCAAAAAGGUUUUAUGCAUAGACCUACUUUAAAGGUCCACAUGAGAACCCACACAGGUGACAGGCCUUUUACUUGUAAAGUUUGUCAGAAAAGUUUCAUUUCAAGCAGUGACUUAAAGUCUCACAUGAAAACUCACACAGGCGAGAGGCCUUAUUUUUGUGAAGUCUGUGAAAAAACAUUCAUUAAAAGUAGUCAUUUAAAAGUCCACAUGAGAACCCAUACGGGUGAGAGACCUUUUUGUUGUGAACUGUGUAUAAAAAGUUUUCCAACAAGUAGUGAAUUAAAAGUCCACAUGAAAACCCACACAGGUGAACGAUCGUUUUAAUGUAAAAUUUGUCAGAAAGCUUUCAUCCUCACCAGAAAUUUAGCCAAUCGCAUGAAAACUCACACAGAUGAAAAGCCUUUAACUUAUAAGUAUUUGAAAAAUGAUUCAGUAAAAGUAGUAAAGGGCAUCUCACACAAGUAAGAGAUUAUGUGGAAAGUAAAGUAUGUGAAAUAAGGUACUGACUCAAGUAUUUACUAAAGAACCCAAACAGUUGAGACUAUUUAGUCUGGAAAAAAGCUAUAGUAAUAAAAUAAGAUAUUUAAGUAUGUAUGUGAACAAAGUCACACUGCAAAUCAUUACUUUAUUGUUUCUUUGAGCACCCAGACAGGUCAAAGACAUCAUUUUUGUUACACAUGUGGAAAAAGUUUCACAUCUUCUGCAUUAAAUGUUCAAAUUACACAAAUCAGUCAAUUCUUUGUUGAGAAUUUUGUGGAAUUUGUUGAAUAAAAAGAUUGUGGAA